UUUUUGCCAACCAGCCACCAUUAAGUUUCAAGAAGAGGAAGAAGUAAGAGACUUUCCGAGAUCGUUAGCAGAGUUAGCUUUAAUAUGCUGAAUAUUUGUGUUUCUGCAGCAACAAUGUCUUUAUCUCAGUCUCUGAGAGAGCUUAUCAGGGAGCGACUGUCCGCAGCUGCAGAAGAAAUAUUCACAGAGUUUGAUAAAACCAUCGUCCACUACGAGGAAGAGCUGGAUCGUCAGCGGAGUCUGCUGGAAAUCUGCUGGAAACCCAGAAUAGAGCUGCAGAGAAUAGACAUUUCACAUCUGUUCAAUGAGCAGGAGAGUCAUUUGAAUUUGGACCAAUGGGAAUUAAAACCUCUAGGAGAGAACCAGGAAGAUCCAGGACCUCAGCAGACGCAUCAGAACCACUGUGAUCUGGACCCACUCCUUGUAAAAAAGGAACAAGAUGAGCCGGAACAUCCACAGAUACAGAUUGAACAGUUUGAAAUUAAUCAAGAGGCUGAUAUAGAAAAUCCUUACUAUGAUGAGAGAAACCUCAGUCAAACUGUACCAAACUUUGACCAGCUCGUCGUUCAGUUCUCUUCCGACAAUGAGAACCAAAACCAGGAAAGAAGCGACAAUGAAGACUCCGGAUCAAGUACAGAUGCUAAAUUAAAACAAAUUAAAGGGCAUCAGAAAAUCAGAAGAAAUUGUGACAAUGUAGACAAACCAAAAGUAGAGAAACAGAAGAAAAGACAGAUUAAGGUGAAUUUAUUGGCUGGUAAAGAUUUUACAAGAACUGAGAUCAGAGAGAGGUCCUUCUUGUGUCUGACAUGUGGGAAACAGUUCAAAAAUGGUGGGAAUUUAUCUCAGCACACUAAAAUUCAUUCAGGCGAAAGGCCCCAUUUGUGUUUGACUUGUGGAAAAACAUUUCUUCGAAAAUCUCAAUUCAUGAGUCACAUUCAAAUUCAUACAGGUGAGAAAGCAUUCUCGUGUAAGAUCUGUGGAAAACGCUUCAACAACAGUGGAAAUUUAUCUCGGCACAAAAAAAUUCACUCAGGCCACAAGCCUCACUUGUGUACGACGUGUGGAAAAAGGUUUAUUCAAAAAAUUCAAUUAACUCGUCACAUAAAAACGCACAAGUAAGAGGCCGUUUUCAUGUAAGAUCUGU